AACACAAAAUAGAAAGGAGAAAGACACGUAAAACUAACUGUACGACAUUCAAGACGCAGGGGAACCAUAACAAUCAGCACGAAUUCAUGAAUGCUGAAUUACUGAUAACUGAUCAUGGGGUUGUUCAAUCAACAAAUUCCCUCCACCACCGUGUCAACAACCACAUUUCCCUGUUAGUUUCCUGAUCUUGUUUUACCAUUUUCCUAUUCCAAGUUUGAUUGAUUGCCACUGAAUGAAUCUUCCCUAUUGCGGAUUUUUAUCAUGAACUGAAUGAAUAAGAGCUCAGCAACUUGUGUUCGUGUGUGUUUCAUCUUAAAUGGCGGCAAUUCUGGACAAUCUCAGCUUCUCAAUCUCUUUUUCUCUUCAAAAACUUGAUACUCAUGAACUUAAUUCCCCUAAAAUCGAGAGGUUUCACAGGUUUCGUAUUGAGAUGCAGAAGAGAGAAUCAAAAUCCCCCAUAAAAAGUGGCAUCAAUGGUAAACCUAACGGAAAGCCCCUAAACAUGGAUCGUAUCCCAAUAGCCAUGGUUCCUAUAACCGAAGCAAUGAAAACGAUGACUCAAUCUGAAAAACGACCAGGAAUUCUUACCAGAUUAACACAGAUUGUUAAUAGAGAGACCACUUCAGCCAUUGAAGUUAAAAAACCUUCAAUCGAAGGAUCAAACAUCUUGCCAUCAGAUGAAACCUUUAGCUGGGCAAAUGAGAAUUACAAUCCAGUUCAAAGAACAUUAGAUCUAUGUUCAUUCGUUAUUUCCCUCCAUCUUCGUCUUCUACUCAACAACUCAAAAUGGUCAUACCCUAGAGGCUUCACAGAAAUCAAACAGAAAACCAGAAGAAAAAAAACGGCAUCAUGGUUAAGAGAACGUGUAUUGCAACUUGGUCCAACUUUUAUAAAGAUUGGACAAUUAUCAUCAACAAGAUCCGAUCUAUUUCCACAUGAAAUCAUACACGAACUUGCUAAGUUACAGGACAGAGUUCCUGCCUUUUCAUCAACAAAAGCAAAGUGUUUGAUUGAGAGAGAAUUAGGAGCUCCAGUUGAUGAACUGUUCAAGGAGUUUGAAGAUCAACCAAUUGCAGCUGCUAGCCUAGGUCAGGUACAUAGGGCUAUACUGCAUAAUGGAGAGAGGGUAGUUGUGAAAGUUCAAAGACCUGGUCUCAAGAAGCUUUUUGAGAUUGAUUUAAGAGUUUUGAAGCUAAUUGCGGAGUUUUUUCAUAGAAAUGAAAUUCUUUGUGGUCUGACAAAGGACUGGAUGGGGAUCUAUGAAGAAUGUGAAAAGAUUCUAUACCAGGAGAUUGAUUAUGUAAAUGAAGCCAAAAAUGCUGAAAGAUUCCGUCGGGAUUUUCGUAAUAUUAAGUGGGUCCGUGUGCCUCAAGUUUUCUGGGAUUAUACUGCAAUGAAGGUGCUUACAUUGGAGUAUGUUCCAGGAAUUAAGAUUAAUAAUUUAGAUGCGAUAGAUAAAAAGGGUUACAAUCGAUCUAGAAUUUCUUCACGUGCAAUUGAAGCAUACUUAAUUCAGAUAUUAAAAACUGGUUUCUUUCAUGCUGAUCCUCAUCCUGGAAAUCUUGCAAUUGAUGUUGACGAAUCAUUAAUCUAUUACGAUUUUGGGAUGAUGGGCGAGAUUAAAUCCUUAACAAGAGAUAAAAUAUUUGAUCUUUUUUAUGCUGCUUAUGAAAAAGAUGAAAAAAAGAUUACGAACAGUUUAAUAAGUCUUGGAGCGAUUCAACCUACUGGAGACAUGUUAGCAGUGAGGAGAUCUGUGAAGUAUUUUAUGGAAAAUUCGAUAAAUCAAAUGCCAAAUAAGCACACGAAUUUGGCUGCAAUAAGUGACGUAAGCACUUUAAAAAAAAUUUGGCAAUAUAUGAUAUGAUCGAUGAAAAUGUUGUUAUUACUUUUGUAGGAUUUAUUUGCUAUAGCAACAGAUCAACCUUUUAGAUUUCCAGCCACCUUCAUCUUUGUAAUGAGGGCAUUUUCAACCCUUGAAGGGAUUGGUUAUACACUUGAUCCAAAAUUUUCUUUCAUCAAGAUUGCUGCACCUUAUGCACAGGAAUUGUUGUACCUCAAACAAACACAACACACUGGAACACAACUUCUCCAAGAAAUACAAAAACAAGCAGAUAAUGCAAGAUCAUACACCAUGUCAAUGCCUUACAGAGUCCAACACAUUGAAGACUUCAUCAAACAAAUUGAAACAGGAGACAUUAAACUUCAUGUCAGAGUCCUAGAGUCUGAAAGAGCAGCUCAAAAGACAAGAAUAUUGCAAAUUGCAACCAUGUAUACAGCUAUCUGGUGUAUGCUUAUUAAUCUUGGUGUCAUAUUAACCAUUCAUGGCAACUUAUUUUUAGCAAAUGGAUUAUUUAUUAGUUCAGGUUUUCUUCUAGUGUUAUUUCUUAUGUCUAUGCAAAGGGUAAAAAUGCUUGAUGAUUUCAAAAAGAUGGUUUGA